UUGACGAGUAUUGCCUCUGGACGCAAUUUCAUCUCUUCUGAUAACGUAGGAGAAACCGAGACGCCGAGAUCGAAGGCUAACCAGAAUCGGGAAGAAAAAGAAGCUGUGGAAACGACGAGAGAAUCUGUUUCAGAGGAAUCUGUUUCUACGAAAGAGGAUUCUGAUCAUUUACCAAAGGAAAUCAGCGAUAUGGGAUUUGAUGAUGACAAGGACACGGACGGUGGAAUCAUCAAGGGAAAUGGGACAGAAUCUGGUCGGAUUAUUACCACCAAAAAGAAGGGUUUGAAUGAUCAAAAAGACAAGACAAUCUCGUACAGAGCUGAACAUGUAAUUGGCACUGGCUCAUUCGGUGUUGUCUUUCAGGCUAAGUGCUUAGAGACGGAAGAAAAGGUAGCAAUCAAGAAAGUGUUGCAAGACAAGAGAUACAAAAACAGAGAGCUUCAGAUAAUGCGAAUGGUCCAUCAUCCUAAUGUCGUCGAGCUCAAGCAUUCUUUCUUCUCCACCACCGAGAAAGACGAGCUUUACCUCAACCUUGUUCUCGAGUAUGUACCAGAGACUAUAUACCGCGCAUCCAGAUCUUACACCAAGAUGAAUCAUCAUAUGCCCUUGAUUUACAUUCAGCUCUAUACCUAUCAGAUUUGCCGCGCAAUGAAUUAUCUACAUCGAGCUGUUGGAGUGUGUCACCGUGACAUUAAACCGCAAAAUCUAUUAGUGAGCAUUUUUAAAAAAGUGAAUAGUGUUACGCAUGAGGUAAAGAUAUGCGAUUUCGGGAGCGCGAAAAUGUUGAUUCCAGGAGAACCCAAUAUAUCUUACAUAUGCUCAAGGUAUUACAGAGCUCCAGAACUCAUAUUUGGAGCAACCGAGUACACAAACGCCAUCGAUAUGUGGUCUGUAGGUUGUGUCAUGGCCGAGCUUUUUCUUGGACAUCCUCUAUUCCCUGGAGAGACCAGUGUUGAUCAAUUGGUGGAGAUCAUCAAGAUUUUGGGGACACCAGCAAGAGAAGAGAUAAAGAACAUGAAUCCUCGUUACAAUGAUUUUAAGUUCCCUCAGAUAAAAGCUCAGCCAUGGCACAAGAUUUUCCGGAGACAGGUAUCUCCAGAAGCAAUGGAUCUUGCCUCUAGACUCCUCCAGUAUUCACCAAACCUGAGAUGCACAGCGCUUGAAGCAUGUGCGCACCCGUUCUUCGAUGAUCUGAGAGACCCAAGAACAUCCUUGCCUAAUGGAAGAGCACUUCCUCCAUUGUUUGAUUUCACAGCUCAAGAAUUGGCUGGUGCAUCUGUUGAAUUGCGUCAACGUUUAAUCCCUGAGCAUGCAAGAAAA